UCAGUUGGUCACUAGUCAGUUUGUUACAGGGAAGCACAGAGGAAGGAAGUCAGUCCCGGAUGCUGUACUUCACAUCUGCUCAUUUCACCCAUUCACUGAUUGAUUCCGGGAGUUUUAUUUAUCGAGGCAAGACAAAGUCGAAGAGGAACAAGCAGAACGAUUUCAACACCAUUCGCUGCAAGAAACGCCUGUAAUAGAAGGACCCGCCAGGAUGGCGCUAGUGGAUGGACACACUCCGGCAAGUAAGGGGUCAGCAGGAGGCCAAAAUGGUGUCUCCUCAGCAGUGGGUCGCGUCAGGAAGGAGCUGGAGAUCCUGACACUGUACCCCACGGAGAGCGAGGCGUCCCCGGCACCUCCCCAGCAGGCCGGCACCAAGACGGUCCUCAAGGCGGACUGGGCGACCACCAGCAAGAAGGAAAACGCCAUCAUCCCAUGGAAAGACACACUGCUGAAGAAGCUUGAGGGGAAAGCAAGUGGCCAGACCCUCCUGUGGUUGCCGGGGAGCGGCCGGCACGUCAGCGAGGGGCCCGACGCCUACCAGCCCUUCACCCACAUCACCCGCACUCUGCACCUGGAGGAUGCGCUGGAGGUGUGUGCCCAUCGCAGGAUUCGGCCCAAGAACAUCAUUACCUUCAGCAGCAUAGACUCCCGGGCGCUGCCUCCGGGCCACCCGUGUGCCGACCUGAAGGUGCUGUGGUUCAGCGCUGGCGUCAAGGACCAGGACGAGGGUGAGGACCGCCACGACUGGUACGGCAAUGUGGAGUUUGCCGUGGAUGCAUCCAUCCUGCUGGAGUGCUGGAAGUACAGCUUUCUGGUGGAGAUGAUGACCACACCUACACACACAACCUCCCGCAUCCUGCUCACAAACACCGACUUCUCAGGCGUGCUGCGGCCCUACAACCCCUAUUGUGCCGGGGGCCCCUGGCAGGUGUCCGCAGAGGGCCAGUUGGCACUGCGCAAGUGUUCUCGCUACAGGUUUGUGGGCACCAACAGGCACCCUCACAUUCUGGAGUUCCUGUUGGACACCAGUGCAAGGAAGGAGAAGAAGCUGCUCCAGGCCUGUCAGCUGUCCUUCAAGAACCACGAGGAGGCGCAGGACCUGACGGUGCGCCACGUGUGCAACCGUUACCAGCGUGCCAAGACGGCUUGCCCCACGCCCUUCCCUCGCUCCAUCACGGCGACAGUCUUUGCCAUGCGGCUCCAGCAGAUGAAUGUGCCGCCUCACUAUGUUCCAAAGCUGUCCAGUGAGUCACAGCAGCUGUACAACGAGGCUAUGGCUCAAAUUAAUUUUCCAUUCAAUAAGCUGUGUGUCACACCACUGCCUUAUAUAUGACAGUUCCAAAUCCAGGUCCACAGUUGUUGUAGUGCUGGAGUGUUUUCAUUCUGGCCUGUAAUCAUCUAUUUUUGUAUUGUAAUUUUAAGCUGAGCCUCAUCAGUCAUCACAUCAAUCAUGUUUUGUUAUGUAAGGAAAAUGUACAAAGUUAUUCAUUCUCAUUGCAUUUUUUAAUUUUAAUUUGUUUCAUAUGAAGUAUAUGAAGUUUUCCUGUUUAAGGGAAGGUGUUUUAUACCUCAUAGGUACGGGAGCAUCUAGUAAUUCCAUUCUUCAAAAUAUAGUUUGAACAGAAGAAAUGUUUGAAUGCACUCGUGGAGCCUCCAGCUACACCAGUCCUGAUGUAUUUAUAGUUGUCGCUGGCAAGGCAUUAAUUUGAUUCCUCAUUGUGUAAUUUGUACAAAUGGAAUUUCUGAAGUACAAUGUAAUAGUAUGAUGGAGAAUUAAGGAGAAAGAAAUUUUUACAUUUUUAAAAUUAUUUUUUGAUAAUUCUUAUUGGUAUUGAAGUUUGAUUUCAUUGAAUUAAGGUUUAUUCAAGUGUUUUAUUUAUUCUAUUACUUUCAGAUUUUUCUCUCGCAGAGUUUUUGUGUCGAUCUCGUGUUUUCAUUUGCAAGGAAAUUUGAAAGAGUAUUUAAAAAAUUGAGUAAAGAAUUUUUUUUGGCUAUGUUCAGAUGUGAAUGUAUGCAAUUAAUUAUAUAUGGGUGUUAUUGUACCAACCAAAUAUAUAUAAAAAAUAUG